ACACACACACACACACACACACACACUACUGUAAAGCACAUUUACUGUAAGAAUAUGCACGUGUGUGUGUGUUUUUGUUGGUUCACCUGACUCUCUCAGGGUAAAACUGAGCCAUGGUCCACACCAGGGCGCCACCCCAGUCAUGACCCACCAGAGUGACUUGUGGUAUGGACUGUCAGAGAACAGAGGAAAUGUUUGAUGUUUACUGUUUGUUUUAUGCAUCAAACAGAGGUCAGAGAGGCGUCUCUGUCUGCAGGAAAUGUUCAGUGUGCAGGUUUGUUUUUAAAACACAGCAGAAAGGUAAACUCUGAACAUUUCAGUUCAUGCUUUUGAUGCUUUCAUGAACUCUCCUUUCAGCAUUCAAUGUAACAGUAUUCAUUGGUAGCUCUUAUUACUCACCAUUUUGUCCAAGAAUGUGAUCAAAUCCUGCAGAAUAACACAGAAAAUAUAACGUUUAUGUAUUGUAUACCAUUCUGUCUGAUCAGAACUUCUGUGCUACUUAAAAAAGUCAUUUUCCUUAUUGUUGUUUAAGGGAUCAAAGUCACUUAAUCCCAGUGAAACACUUUGGUGAAGAUGCAGAGAUAUGGUUAGAUAAAGACACCUAUAUAAAUAUCAUGUGAUGAAAUGUGUUGUGGUGAGUUUAUACCUUGCAUAGCUGCUCCUGAGAAUAUUCCUCAAUGUCUGGAGAAGAAAAAAUGAAUGUUUAUCAAGAGGGUAAUUCUGAGGAUGCAAAACAAAUGUGAGGAAAUGAAAUAAUUUGAGUAUGCUUAUUUGAACUUGUACUCCGCUACACCCACCAGGAGGCGCUGUGGACUCUCCGUAGCCCUUCAUGUCCGGAGCCAACACUCUGAACCCUGCUGCAGCAAUGGCUGGGAUCUGUGUUCAGUAAGAAAGACAGAGAGUUUCAUUCCUCUGGGUCACUAAACACAUUUAAUUACAUCUACAACUUUUCUGCACAUUAUUUCUUUUUUUCCUUUUCAUGCAAGGGGAAAUAUUUCACUUCUUUCUGCUCUGGAGUCACCUGGAGAUACUUUGAGAUUAGGUUUUUGCACCAUUAAGCAUGUAACAGUCAUGGAAAGGCACAACCCUGCUUUUCCAGUUAGAAGCAUCAUGAUGUAAUCAGUUUGUAAUACUCCAACGACAUCAAACUGACUGCACUCACAUGCUGAAACCUUUCACAUUUUAGUUACAGGUGUUUUUACAGUGUUGAAUCUCUGCUUUUACUGAUGUAAAGGAAAUCUCUCCAUCAUUAGCUGUAGAUUUUUAAAGUAUAUGCACGAGAAUGAAAAUCUGUGUUACACGGUUGUUUUGUUGUCCGUCCUGGGUGUAAAUGAAAUGCUGUAGGACACACGUUAUAAACUUACCUGAUACCUCCAGGAGUACCAGCUCUCCGGGAAGCCGUGACACAGCAGAACUGGCGGGCCCGAGCCCAUCUCAACAUAAUGAGUCCUCACACCAGGCUGACACACACACACACACGCACGCACGCACGCACGCACGCACACACACAAACACACAAACAAAUCAUUAGUGUCCUCAGAAAAUACAUUUGAAGUGUUUUAACUCUCAUAUGAUCUUAGAUCUUCACCUUGAGGGUGAUGUAUCCAUGAGAGACUUCCUCAGGGCUGCAGGAAGGUGGAGGACACUCUGCUCCAACAGCCUGAAACACAGAAACACACGUCCAGAUUAGUGUAUGACAACAUGCUGAUGAUGGCACAGCAGCCUCUGGUACCAGCCGCUCCUCCUCUGUGAUAUUCACCUUUCCAGAUUUACUUUGGUCCUCACCUGAACUCCAGUGAUUUUGGCCAGUUUGUUCAGAGCAUCAUCCAGAUUCUUCACCAAAAUGGCCUCCAUCCCUGCUGCCUCAGCUGCCCUCACACUUUCCUCCUCAGCAUCCAGCCACAGAGCCUGAAAGAAGAGCAAACCAAGAUAUCCUGGCUGUCCUCUUUGUCUCUUCCAACAGUGUUUCCAGGAUGUUUAUUCAUGUGUUUAAUAAACUGUGUGAGCGUGUCUCCUACCUGUUGUGAUGUCACUUCCAGGUGCUGAAGAGCAGAGCUGAACAUCUCAGGCUCAGGGACCCUGUGACCGGCACGGCAGGACUGGAGGACCAGGUCAAAAUGGCUGGCCAGCAGAGACAGAAGGCGGGCUGGAUGGUCUCCAGCUGAGCUGUCAUCUACCCAAUCAUUGGCCAGCACAGCUGUCAGGAAACCUGAUCAGAGGGAUGCUGCCGUCUGCCCUCCACAGCUGUUCAUGCUUAGUGUUCGGGUGUUUGGAUGGGCGUACCUUUCUGAUGCAGCAUGGCAGCUGUCUGCAGCACAGCGGCUCGGACGUCCAUCAUCGCCUCUCUGAGUUCCUCCAGAAGGUCUCCAGCUGACCAACCAGAAGGCAGAGUCAGGCCCCUGACCUGGGCCUCCUUUGCACAGUCUGCCUCCAAUGCUGGCAUCAGCUACACACACACACAUAAACACACAGACAUUGUAGAACUCAGUGACAGCAAAUACAGGUUAGAAGAGAGUAAGUCAUGUCAUGUCAGAUCACCCACCUGAGUAAGUGUUAACUGUCCUCUCUCUGCCUGGGUCAUGGCGCUGUCUUUAUGAGACACCACACUGGACAGAAAGCCCCUGAAACCACAGAUUUAUAGACUACAUCAACCGUUUUAUUAGGACUGUUGGACCUGGUUGAAAACAGGAGAACCGAGCUGGCAGUGGGCAGAUCUGAACUUGUGCUGUGCAUGUUGAACAGAGGAGCUUUGCAAACAAGACAGACAGGAAAUGGCCCCUGACCUUUUGCACAGUUUGAGCUGUGAUUACGAAACACUCUCGGUUUUGUAUCUAACAAAGUCUCUGUCCGAACCAGCUGCAGCUCCAAAGAAGGACUUUGUUUGCAGGAGUAAAAUGUACAAAGUCAUCAAAUUUAGAGACAAUGAUCAUGAACAACUAAACACACACACAAAUACUGCUGCAGGGGUGCGUCUGACAUUAAAAGGCAUUAAGAAUAUUUGAGAUGUCAGCUUGUAUUCUCUGAACUCCACUUUUAAGGAAGUCUCAAACAAAACUGCACUUGGAAAAUAAAGUUCCUAAUGAUGGAAAAGAAGCUGGUGUUUGCAGAAAACACACGUAUCUGCCCUUUACUUCUUUCCACUUGCACAGUUUGUUUAGAGUAACAGAAUAUGAUUUAUUUUAACGUAUCUCAGGAGUGAAUCAAAGGUUACAGAUUAUGUAACAGCCUCCUUACCCUGGCAGGUUAUGCAGCUUCUCCAACUUGUUGAAUACUUCAUGUCUGGUAGAAACUGUUACUCCCCAGAAGUUGAAUAAGACUGCUUUCUUCUGAGCCAUCUCCUCUGAGCCUGAGUGGAAGAGGGUUUAAUGUUUCUGUCCUCUUGCAGUGUGAGUCCUCUCUGCAGCUCUGCCCAAGCUUUGCCUUCUGCACAGACUCCCAGUGAAGCUCCGCCCACUCUCCCUGCCAGCUCCUCCUUUCAUCCACCAAACACUUCAUAUAAGAGGACAAUGCAUCCUCUGGUGAAUUGAAGUACCUGCAUUCUGUCCAGCAAGCAGACACUCAGUUCGAUAUUCAAACAGGAUGUGACGUUUGAGGCGAAUGUGAAAGUAAACUGAUGUGAAGCUUCUCGCUGUCAGAUGAAUGAAAUGAUUUACAAACUCACUGGAAACUGGAUGAUCUGGAAGUAGCGCACACCGUGACGUCCUGGGUGCUGAGUUUUUUAAUGUGGGAGGGGCUUCCCCAGCUGAGUGAUGCCAUGCGGUGAUGAGUUGCGGGGUGCAGUGACAGUCAAGCCAUAAGAAGCUGCAUGUGCGUGAAUGAAAGGGCAAAGAAUCUGUCUUCAUUUGACGAGGGUUCACUGGUUUCAGUACCUGGUCCCUGACACUAAGACCUCACCGAACACUGCUGUGGUGAGAUUUUUCAAUCAUUGAAGGUGGGUCUGUGUGUAGAUCACACAGAAGCAGGGACACAUGGCGUGUACAUCACAGUCUGCCUUAGAAUAUGUCCGGUCUGCCAGACGCCAGCUGGUGAAUGAAUUAAAGGAUCUCUCCGUGAUUUUGGAGAAUUUGUAUCAGGAAGAAGUUUUCUGUGAUGAAGAGGUCAUAAACAUUGAGGCAGAAAGACAUGACUAUGAUAAAGCAAGAAAAACACUGGACUCAGUCAUUAAGAAAGGUGAAGCAGCCUGCUACAAGUUCCUCAGGAUUAUUGACGUGACGAGGAAGAGGACCUUAGGGAGGACAUCUUCUCUUCCUGAGAAAACAACUGAAGCUUCUCCUGAGAGUCAAAGGUUCAACCUGCUGUACUGGAUAAGCUGCUAUCCUUUCAAAGAAGAUGCUGACAUGUAUCGAGGCUGCUUACAAGGUCCAAGAUCCUGCCACACAUAUCAGACAAAGCUGAAGACCAGAGCACGAAAAAAGUCCACUACGUUUUGGAUGAGAAACCAAAAACUGUUCGACAAAAACAACAAGCCUGAUCUGUGCUAUAGUCCGCUGGUAUUAGACACACAAGGAAGUGGAUCUCUGUCUAAAAUCAAGAAAUUUAAGAACAAGAAAAGCAAGAUGAGUCGCCCUAAGAAGCUCCGGACAUACCUCCCUGAGGACAAACCCAAUAUAUCUCCCAGUGACCUGCUGAAAACAGAUAAAAACAUCCUCUUGGUUGGUAAACCUGGAAUUGGAAAGACCGCACUGGGUCAUGAAAUUUUAAAACUGUGGGCAGAAAGAGAAAGCAAGGAGCUGGAUUACAUGUUCUACUUUGACAUGAGAGAGACGUCCCUCAUCACAGAAGGGAUGAGCUUGGAGGAACUCCUCUUCAGUGUUUACAGUGAACCAGAUGAAGGCAAAGCCGAGGUCUUACAGGACAUAAAGAACCACUCUGACAAUGUCACAGUGAUUCUUGAUGGAGUCACUGAUCUCUCCUCCUCAGUGGUCAAAAGAAUUGUCGAGAAUGAGAUUCUUCCUAACGCCAAAGUCAUCAUAACCUGCAGACCAGACGAUGAAGAGGAGGACUUCCUCUGUGGAGACUUUCUCAGAGUGGAGGUGAAAGGCUUUAGUGAACAGACCAUUCAGAAUUACUUCUCAACGAUUCUUGGAGAGGAGCACAGGAAGAUUUUGAGCCAGUUGGAGUUGUUAACUCUUUGCCAUGUCCCGAUGUAUGCACUGAUGGUGGCUGCCUGUGUUUUAUCUGAGACAACAGGAGACUCUCCUGAGCCAUGCAGCAUGACAGAAAUAUACAUCAACAUUGUUCGUUUUUGCCUUCAAACGAGCAGCAACAAAUCAAACAAACACCUCAGUUCCUUCAUCCAGGAGAAGAAAGAGGAAAUACUGUCUUUGGCUGAGUGUGCUUUUCAUGCAACUCAAAGAAAAACUGUGAACUUGACAGACUUUCAGUGUGAAGACAGCUGUGUCCUUUCCUUCCUGAAACCACUCGUUGUCAAAGUGGCUCCCACUAAAACAAAAACAACAUAUGCCUUUCUCCACUACACAGUGCAGGAGUUUUAUGCAGCUCUGUGGCUCUUGAGGAAUCCAAAUCAGAUUAAGGAUGUUUUUCAGCAAUGCCUCACAGAGGAGAGGAAACACAUGAAACACCUGAUCCCUUUCAUGAGCAGACUGUUGACUGAGAAGAGCCCGAGUCUGAUGGAGCAUCUGAUUCCAGCUCAGGAGUUAAAAAGUACAGCUCACUGGUUCUUCAAGGAACUGAUAAACACAUUUGACUCUGUGUCUACUGAAGGCAGUGGGCUUGAUAUGGACCUGCUGUUCUUUUGCCAGUGCUUGUAUGAGUCGCAGUGUCCUGACCUAUGCGUCUACUUUCUGGAAACACUGGACUACCAUCUUGAUCUCAGUGGAGAGAGUCUGGAUUCCUAUCUUUGCUGUGCUGUGGCCAGUGUGGUCGCUCUGUCGAAGGACAGGAAAGUUCGGCUGAACCUCGAGGAUGUGUCUGUAUCAGAACAAGGAAUGAGAAGACUGUUUGAAUGUCUUGAUAAUGUCCAAUGGUGUGACUCUCUGCCUCAGCAGCUGUGGAAGAUUGUCUUCAGUGAAGGACAGUUCCAAGAAGUCCGCUUGCUCAGCCAUGAUGGAAAUCAGUUCCACCUUCCACUUCAGGGUAAAACACAACUGUUUGAGAGAGCAGUGAACAUCAUACAGAAGAAUCCAAACAAGGUGGAUGUUUGCCUUCACUGGGACAGUAGAGAAACCACAUUCUGCCCAAGUCUGAGUGAGUCCCUCCUCGAGGCUUUGCCCCGCAUCAGGUCGCUCAGCUUCAGGGUGACUGAUAAAGGUCCAGGACUACAGGACCCAAGCCAGGGGACACUGGAGGACAGAGUAAAGAAGAAGCUGUUCAUGGAUUUAUGUCUGAAAGCAGCACUUCACAAAAAACUGAGCUUACAAGAUGUUGUGCAAAGGCUUAUGAUGUUGUUUUCUGUUGGCGACAAGCAUGAGCUCAUCCUUGAUUUGUAUCAACACAUCCAGAGCGAAGGGUGUUUAAGUGUCCUUCCAAAACUGAGGAGGUUUUUUGAUUCAGCUCCUAAGGUCUGGUCCAUAGACCUCUCAAAGAGAAAGACCUCCAUCCUCCUGGAAGUGCUGAAACUCCAAUCACAGAAGAAACCUGUGAAGCUGAGAGGCUGUCUAUAUGAAGAGAGUGAAGUGAGGAGUCUCCUGCAGUGUCUGCCUUUCAUGUCACAGCUCAGUUUCUCUAAAGAGUUUGAAGGUGGAGUCAAGUUGUGUGGGAGUCUGAUCUGUGCAGCAGCAGAGAGAGAUCAGCAGACAGGAGAGAACACACUGGAGCUGUUAUCAUCAGUCUGCACAUAUCAAACAUUCCCUCUUCAUAAAACAGAGAGUUCUGACUUUUAUCAGAGGGACUUCCUGCUGGAUCUGUGCUCCUACAUGAAGGACUAUGAGACUAAAACUGGUCUGAGGGUCCUUCCAUCACUACAGUCAGUGUUCCAGUCAGCUCCUAAGGUCUGGUCCAUAGACCUCUCAAAGAGAAAGACCUCCAUCCUCCUGGAAGUGCUGAAACUCCAAUCACAGAAGAAACCUGUGAAGCUGAGAGGCUGUUUAUAUGAAGAGAGUGAAGUGAGGAGUCUCCUGCAGUGUCUGCCUUUCAUGUCACAGCUCAGUUUCUCUGAAGAGUUUAAAGGUGGAGUCAAGUUGUGUGGGAGUCUGUUCUGUGCAGCAGCAGAGAGAGAUCAGCAGACAGGAGAGAACACACUGGAGCUGUUAUCAUCAGUCUGCACAUAUCAAACAUUCCCUCUUCAUGAAACAAGGAGUUCUGACUUUUAUCAGAGCUCCUUCCUGCUGGAUCUGUUCUCCUACAUGAAGGACUAUGAGACUAAAACUGGUCUGAGGGUCCUUCCAUCACUACAGUCAGUGUUCCAGUCAGUUCCUAAGGUCUGGUCCAUAGACCUCUCAAAGAGAAAGACCUCCAUCCUCCUGGAAGUGCUGAAACUCCAAUCACAGAAGAAACCUGUGGAGGUGUAUGACUGGUCAGAUGAAGAGAGUGAAGUGAGGAGUCUCCUGCAGUGUCUGCCUUUCAUGUCACAGCUCAGUUUCUCUAAAGAGUUUAAAGGUGGAGUCCAGAUGUGUGGGAGUCUGUUCUGUGCAGCAGCAGAGAGAGAUCAGCAGACAGGAGAGAACACACUGGAGCUGUUAUCAUCAGUCUGCACAUAUCAAACAUUCCCUCUUCAUGAAACAAGGAGUUCUGACUUUUAUCAGAGCUCCUUCCUGCUGGAUCUGUGCUCCUACAUGAAGGACUAUGAGACUAAAACUGGUCUGAGGGUCCUUCCAUCACUACAGUCAGUGUUCCAGUCAGUUCCUGAGGUCUGGUCCAUAGACCUCUCAAAGAGAAAGACCUCCAUCCUCCUGGAAGUGCUGAAACUCCAAUCACAGAAGAAACCUGUGGAGCUGAGAGGCUGUUCAUAUAAAGAGAGUGAAGUGAGGAGUCUCCUGCAGUGUCUGCCUUUCAUGUCACAGCUCAGUUUCUCUGGAGAGUUUCAAGGUGGAGUCAAGUUGUGUGGGAGUCUGUUCUGUGCAGCAGCAGAGAGAGAUCAGCAGACAGGAGAGAACACACUGGAGCUGUUAUCAUCAGUCUGCACAUAUCAAACAUUCCCUCUUCAUAUAACAGAUGAGUUUGAUGAUUAUCACGACUUCCAGUGUGACUUCCUGCUGGAUCUGUUCUCCUACAUGAAGGACUAUGAGACUCAAACUGGCCUGAGGGUCCUUCCAUCACUACAGUCAGUGUUCCAGUCAGUUCCUGAGGUCUGGUCCAUAGUCCUCUCAGAGAGAGAGACCUCCAUCCUCCUGGAAGUGCUGAAACUCCAAUCACAGAAGAAACCUGUGGAGGUGUAUGACUGGUCAGAUGAAGAGAGUGAAGUGAGGAGUCUCCUGCAGUGUCUGCCUUUCAUCUCACAGCUCAGUUUCUCUGGAGAGUUUCAAGGUGGAGUCAAGUUGUGUGGGAGUCUGAUCUGUGCAGCAGCAGAGAGAGAUCAGCAGACAGGAGAGAACACACUGGAGCUGUUAUCAUCAGUCUGCACAUAUCAAACAUUCCCUCUUCAUAAAACAGAGUUUUUUUAUGAUUUUGAGGACUAUCAGAGCUCCUUCCUGCUGGAUCUGUGCUCCUACAUGAAGGACUAUGAGACUAAAACUGGUCUGAGGGUCCUUCCAUCACUACAGUCAGUGUUCCAGUCAACUCCUGAGGUCUGGUCCAUAGACCUCUCAAAGAGAAAGACCUCCAUCCUCCUGGAAGUGCUGAAACUCCAAUCACAGAAGAAACCUGUGGAGCUGAGAGGCUGGUCAUAUGAAGAGAGUGAAGUGAGGAGUCUCCUGCAGUGUCUGCCUUUCAUCUCACAGCUCAGCUGUGAUCCCAAGUUCUUCCAGUGUGUGUGUGCAUCCAUGUCAGUGAGAUCCAGAGAGGAGGCUGAGCAGCUGGUGUCUCUCCUGCAGCUGAUCGGGUUCAGCUUUUCGUUAACAGGGGAGUUACGCAGCAAAACGUGCGACACCAUUGGACGAGUUCUCGGCCUUUGUGGUUCUAACGUGGAUCUCAUCCUCACACCCAGAAGGAUAUCUGUCCGAGGAGCCUCACUUCUAUUCAGACACACAACAAAACUACACAGUCUGAGUCUCUCCAGUGACAUGGCCUUGCUUUUGAGUGGGUGGGUGAGAAGAAACAGAGUGGCCCGUCUGUCUGUCACUGAGGAGCUUUCUCUCUCCUCUCAGACCCUCCAGCCUUCAGAGAGGGUUUUGCUGAGGGUGGUCAGCAGUUUGGCUUCCCUGCUGCGAUACUGGACCAUCAGACGGUUAGACCUGACUGAGUCCAGGAUCCCUGCUCAGGGUCUGAUACCGCUCCUGCUUCACGAUGGCCCUCUGACUAUCAAACUGAGUGAGAAGAUUUCUGAGCUGGUGCUUGUCUUCCUGUAUGAAAUUCAAGACAAGGACUUGACCAGGUCCUUCUUGAGUAAGAUUAAUGGAGACCUGACCCCCGUCUGUCUGAACUGGGAGCAUCUUCACCAUCUUUUGCAGUCCGCCCCUCAGACUGUUACUGUGAACCUGAGGAAAAACCGCUUCCUCCAGGAGAGCAUCACACGUCUGCUUCCCUUCCUGGACAGGGUGGUAUUUAAAAGGCCCUCUCCCCUCUUUGUGUUGACUGCCAUCAGAGAGAUCCAUAAGACUCGUGCCAGCUCCAUCAUACCCAGUUUACUGAGGUCAUUUGAUCAUGUGAUCAACCUGACCUGCAGAGAGAUGGAGCCGGAGGACUGUGCUCCUCUGCUCUACACCCUCAGACACGGUGAUGGAGUAAAGCUGAACCUCCUGUGGACCUCCAUACCAACAGAGGAAAUCAACUCCAUCCUCUUUACGCUGGACAGAGUUUCUCGGCUCAGUGUUGACAGGAAUCUGCUGCUGAGGAUUGUCCACUGCUGUGCUGCCUCUGAUGCCCAGCAGGAGAGAGCGGUCAGUCUGCUCAGGACUCUGGAGCACCGGUUGGAUCUGUCCUGCUCCUCUCAAGUGAACCUGUCUGAGGGGGGUCAGAGUGAGACUCUCUGUCUGACUACUGCUGACUGCCGGGCCAUCUCCACCAUCCUGAGAUACAACAGCAAGGACACAGAGCUCCAACUGCAGGACUGUGAGGUGGAGGACAGUGGACUGGUCCUGCUGUUUCCUGUUCUAGACAGAGUCCACCUCAGAGCCAGUAAAGAUGUCCUCCUCCAGCUGAUGUUCCUGGUUCCUUCCUUCACUGAGAGGGACUCAGUAAGCAGGGCAAAGUCCCUGUGUGGAGUCCUGGGUGGAGAGCUGGAUUUCAGUCACACCAAACUGGAUGAGAGGGCGUGUGAAGCUUUGGCCUUGGUGCUGGACUUUACUGAAGAGCUGACAGAGCUGGACCUCAGUCACUGCCAGAUAACUGACCAGCUGCUGUCUACACUCAUCACAUAUCUGAACAAAGCACAAGUCCUCGAUCUGAGUCACAAUAACAUCACUGAUGCAUCGACUUCCAUGUUGCUCCGACUGAUCUCCAUCAACCCCUGCCUUCAAACUGUGCGACUCUUCAGGAACAACAUCAUGGACCAAACACCCUUUAAGACAUACAAGCAGUUUGAAAUCUGGUGAACCAGGCGUCACUGUGGUGGUAUUAUUCAGUCAGAUUGAAUGAAAUGUUUAAAUUGUAGAUUAAAGUGGUAAUUUUUUGGGUUGUAUGGUAUCCUUUUGAAUUUUACGAUCAUCUUUUUUUAACUUUGUGAUGAAAUCUGUUUGAUAUAUGUGUUUUCUUUUUAAAAACAGGGACGCUCAGAGACAGGAAGAAUGACUCUGUAAUGAUACCUCAAAGUUAAACUCAAAAGAGAGUGAUGAGGAGACAAAUAUACAAGACAUCUCAGGAAAAUAAUCAUGCUGUGUGAUCAUGAGACUUUGUGGUUUCUAUUUAAAGUGGUACAAGUGAUAAAUGUUGUGUCCUCUCUACUCGGUGUAUGACAAAUCACCUCGGGGUCUUAUGUAUUGUUAACUUCAGAAUUUGUAUUUUUUCAUAUUGCGAGUCCCUCUCUGGCAUCACGUGCAAGUAAAAUCCUUUUGUAAUUCUACAUUUUAUUAAACACAUUAUUUGUUUC